UCCGUGCCUUGAGCGGUUCCGCAAGCAGCCUCAGUCAUAGUUAGUUACCCACUGGAAUACUUUUGCAGACAAAUACGUACGCUGUUAUGGGAGCUUUCUGAAACAUGUCUCGUCCUUGCUCGCACCGUGCAAUCAUCGAUUGAUGCCGUAUUUCCUCUCCCAAGCUGGCCGGCCCUGAAGAGACCCUAGUCCUGGAGAUCUCAGAUGAGAUGGCUGCUCUCCGGGAAGUCCCUGUUCGUUUUCUCCCAGCAAAUCAACAGAGAGUGUUCCCCCUAAGUCCAGCCUAUUUACUCCACUCGACUCGGGCCCCACGCCGCCAAACUGCUGGCGGCUGGAAACCUGGAAGUCAGAAAGCCGGAGAGUUCAAACACAGUUCAAAACAGGACGGCGACGGCGACGGGGGCGGGGACGGGACAGACAAUGGGCUGUUCCUGACGAUACAAAAAAAAAAAAAAAUAUCACAAUAACAGCUGCCAAUCACUACCGAACAAUCGCGGCUGCCGUGUUAUUUCUUUCUUUCCCGCGUUGCAACGAAUUUCUUCUGUGGAAUGUUGCAACUGGUGCCCGGUUGUUGACAGGAAACAGUCAGCUUCAACCACCAACCACGCAACCUCUCCUGCGAUUUUCCCUGUUCAAACCGCUCUUCUGUCUAUGACUCUGGUAUUGUUCGCUGCCUAUAAGUUAAUAAUCUAUUUCUAAUUUGUUCCACCCUUUACUAUCCCAGGCGCUGGAAUCAACUCUGCUUGGUGUGUAACAAAGCGCUUCCUUUCCUUCCUGAUCCACGCCAGGGCUCCUGGGAAUAAGACUCCAUAAGGAUUCCCUGCGUAGACAUUCGCGGCUCUUUGAAAUAUUUCGGAAUCCCAUGCCUCCUCGGAUAUCCAACCUUGAGUCGAAGCCCCUCCCGUCGCCGCCUUCGCAGAGUGCAGCCUUGUCUCCUUCGUUGAGGCGCGAUGAUCAUGGCCCAAGACUGCGAAACCCGCUGACGUAUCAACCCGAAACCCCUCCAUCCCAUUCGCGCUCCUUGCAAAGUGACUCCACCCUUUCUUCGCCAUCGCAUCGUACACAUACCCGGUCCAGUAGCCAUCAAUUUCCGUUAUUAUUUGGCUCUGGGAGGAAACGGGAGCGGCCAGUUGCCAGAGAACAACCAAACGCAGAUGACCUCGGUCAGCAUUCGAGAUCAUCAAGGUCCGCUAGCCCGCGGAAGAAUACAUUGCAUGCUAGUGCAAACGAAGACUACGUGUUGCGACGGUGUAUGACAUGCGACCAUACCAAUUCAUUCCCGCACGGAAUAAAAGGCUUUAGAUGCGGAAAAUGUACCGCUAUGAAUGACUUGGAGCCAUGUAUCGAAUCGUCGAAUACCUUGCCUAGAAAUACAGAGAGCACCCGUGGCCCAUAUUCUGGAAAUAAAGUGCCACACUUAUCUCUUGAACAUACUCGGGAUAUCAUUGACCGGUGUCUCUCUUCAUAUCUUCGAUCUUUUUUAGAGGAAUCAGGGGAGCAGGAUCCAGCCGCACCACCUCUUGUUUCGAGAAAGUGCGGCAUCUCUAACAAUGAUCACCAGACAAAUCCUUAUGGUACGGGUCAAUCCCACCAGCGGACUCCAUCACCCUCUCCAUUGCCUACCUUUGAAAUAUCACACUUCCCUGGCUCUCGCUCACCUGUAUCACAAGCGCCUUCAUCUGGAAAUAUAAGGAGUUUGGGAGGUGAUAUGCAAGGGAUGUCUCUAUCCGACACAGAGAAGCCAACAGGGCACACUAAACACAUCCGUGGAUCGGAUAUUUUGACUGUACCAGGCGGGAGACGUACCCGCUCACAGUCAAGUCAAUCUCCACAUGGUCACGAAAAUAGGCUAGGCGCAAGCCGGUCGGCAUCGAUAUUUCGUCCCUUGGAAAACUAUCUCGUGGCCUCUUUUAAUGGUUGUGAUACUAUAAAUUCUUCCUUUUCGACCGUGAGAACCCAUCGUCCUCGAAUGGCAUCCGAAGGGAAUCAACAGUCGAGAAACCUGCCUACGGAUACAGCUUCCACGCCUCUGGCGACCCCACCGAUUUUCCAAUUGGAUGCAAAAACGCUUCUGCUGAGUGAUGUUGUGGAGAAUGGUUCCUGGUGGACUGGAAAUCGUGCCCAUGGACUUGACUCAAGUGAUGACUACGCAAGGGACAAAACGUCUGAAACAGCCGACAGGUUAACUAGCUCAAGGACCCCACGUAUUAACUGGUCUGAACUUGCUGAAUGGUAUCAAGAAAUCAUCCAUGCCGGGGAGUCGUGGGCUGAAAAGUGGGCAAAAAUGAAGCCUGAGGAGACUGACAGUCCGGGAAAACUAGCGUUGGCCCAACUAUGGCAUGCCACUGAUGUUUAUCUUUUAGAUCAAGAAAUCGCAGAGUCACGACGCCAUACGCAAAUAACCCUGCUUAAAGCAACGGAAAACCUUCUUCAGAGACCGAGGCGUCCUUUGAAGCGACCGGACGAUAUCCGAUUCCUCUUGAUUUUACUAGAGAAUCCGUUAUUAUAUUCUUCCAGCCUGCACGCAAACCCAAGAUCAGCAUGGAUUUCUAAAGUUCAGAAGAAGCCUUAUCACGACACACCUGAAGAUCGUGGAGGUAUUUGGAGCUAUCACAGCAAGAUUCCCCAUCACUCUCGCUCAACUUCGAUGGAUACAUCCAGCGACAUACCAGACCGGCGCCCUCUUAUUAUUAAGCGGAUUAUCGGUCUUCUCUCGAAUUUACCCGUCGACUGUCACCACACGCUGGUUUCCUGGUUUUCUAGAUUUUCGGAAAGCCAUUUCCGCCGCAUUGUUGAACUCAUUGGUAGUUUCGUCACGUAUCGCUUAACUAGAGAUGAUAAACGGCGUCGAGUUAACGCGACCAAACCUAGGAAUGAAGAUAAUAUAGAUGGUUAUGUUCCCACAUUUUCAGCUGCUGGUAACACUACUCCAGCACAACUUCACUCUGCAAUCAAUAGAGAAAAUGCCCCAAAGGCUCCUCCUGGAAACCAGCAGGCGGUUACGUAUGGCAAAGACUGGCAAAUCAGAGCAGCAGCAAAAGUCAUGGCCCUAUUGUUUUCUGCAAACAACUUGUUCCACAACCGGAAACGUGAUGGAAUACGACCUGGCGGUGAAGAAAUAUUGAGGCUCGAGGGUCAGGGCCGUAGACACCUUAUUCCCAUCAACGCAUUCUACAACACGCUCUUAGAUUAUUCUGACCUUAUUCCGGACUUUGAGGCUUGGGAGGGUCGUAUUGGUCAAUUUUCAUUUUGUCAAUACUCGUUUUUCCUGAGCAUCUGGGCAAAAAUACGGAUUCUCGAACACGACGCGCGGCGCCAAAUGGAGGAGAAAGCCCGGGAAGCUUUUUUUGACAGUAUUCUGGGUCGCCGAGGAGUAAGCCAAUAUUUGGUACUGAAGGUGCGGAGGGAAUGUCUGGCAGAGGACAGCCUCCGCAGCGUCAGCGAGGUAGUGGGCACAGGGGAAGGAGAAAUAAAGAAAGGUCUACGGAUUGAAUUUCUCGGCGAGGAGGGUGUUGAUGCCGGUGGCCUUCGUAAAGAAUGGUUUCUACUUCUAGUUCGAGAAAUUUUCGAUCCCCUUCACGGGCUUUUUGUUUACGAUGAGCAGUCACAGUAUUGUUACUUCAACCCAUACUGUUUCGAAUCAUCAGAGCAGUUCUUUUUGGUGGGCGUGCUCCUUGGCUUGGCCAUAUACAACUCGACAAUUCUCGACAUCGCUUUACCGCCAUUUGCUUUCAGAAAACUCCUUGCAUGUGCACCUCCAAAUAACGUGCCAACCCUAUCUACUCCCCAACAAACCUUCAAAUGCACUUUGGAAGAUCUCGCAGAAUAUCAACCUACACUAGCAAAGGGCUUGCGCGACUUACUUACCUACGACGGUGAUGUCCAGGAGACGUUUUGUCUUGAUUUUGUAGUCCAGAUAGAACGAUACGGGGAGAAACUUGUGGUUCCACUACGUCCUGGAGGAGAAAGGAAACCAGUCACCAACUCUAAUCGCCGAGAAUACGUUGAUCUUUAUGUCAAAUAUCUCUUAGACACAGCAGUGGCACGUCAGUUCGAACCCUUCAAACGAGGAUUUUUCACCGUCUGCGGAGGAAAUGCGAUGCAUCUAUUCCGUCCAGAAGAAAUUGAACUUCUUGUGCGCGGUUCAGAUGAAGCGCUUAAUAUCCCAUCGUUACAAGCUGUCGCCGUUUAUGAACAUUGGCGUACGGAUCAUCCUGAAAAAGAGCCGGUGGUGACUUGGUUCUGGGACUUUUUCAGCAGGGCCUCGCCCCGGGAUCAGCGCAAAGUUCUUAGCUUCAUCACUGGGAGUGAUCGUAUACCAGCUAUGGGCGCAACAAAUCUUUCGAUCCGCCUUGUAUGCCUUGGGCAAGAUUCAGAAAGGUUCCCAACCGCGAGGACAUGCUUCAAUAUGAUCGCCUUGUAUCGUUACAAAAGCCGAGAGAAGUUGGAAGAGAAGUUGUGGCGCGCUGUAGUGGACAGCGAAGGCUUUGGAUUGAAGUAAACAACAAAAUUGGAAAAUAUCCGUCUAUUCACCCUAUUUUUUAAAACCCAAAUGGUGGUUGGGGGUUAUUUCAUGACCUAAGACCCCUUCUCUGCAAAACCCAAACCAAGACAUUCAUCCUCGUUGCUUGUUUACAGCCUAUUUAUUAUCGUUAGCCUAUGUUUUCAUUGGUGCCGUUUGCUUCACCCCACCUCUAUGUAUUCCAUCUUUGCGCCUUUAGAUCAAUAAGGGUAGUUCUAGGAGCUAUCUCUCAUUGUCUAUAAUUUGCCCAUCUUGUGCUCGGAGCUUGGUGGGGUCUGGCUUUCUUAUUGCUGUUAUUGUUUAGCGCUGGUGUUUGGUUAUGGUUGGUAGGUGGUGAGAGCUUUACUAUGUGCCCUUGCUUUCGGUUUUUCCUUAAUUCUUGCCGCUUCCCUCCACAAUUUUCUUUUUUCUUUUCAUAAAAAUUUUUACCUCGUGCACUGGCUAUGGAGUUCUAGAGAUCAAACCGGAUUAGUUGAGGAAUGACAGCGCCUUUCUUGUCAUGACCAAUCGUGCUACUGGCCCAACUUAUAUGCUCGUCAUGGACUACUCUGUAUGGGAGCUAAGGUCCGCCACCAAAUCUAUCGGGAAAGCUUCAAGGAGGUCACAAAAAUAAUUGACAAAGAAUAUGAGCCCCGAAACCCCGGUCGCACGCGAACGGGAUACGAAGAUCACCGGUAUCGAUGGUAACUACGGUGACGAGCUCUACCAAUAAAGCUUAUGACCUGUCAAUUGUAAUGUACGUUACAAUAAGAUCUGAGUUUCGUAGUUGAGUCGCGGUCCUUUACAACUUCUACCCGUAGGCUCCGCAAAAGCUCCCUCAUGCACACUGAUGCCGCCGAAAUUCCAUCCA